UUUGUGCUGGCGCAUAUUUCCUCUGAUUCUUCUUCUGUUCUUGCGGGUAUAACUGGAUAUCCAUCAGACUUCUGUUAUCAUCUCAAAACCUUUUCGAGAAAGAAGAUCAGAACCACUGUUCAUCAUGAUAGAGAUGCGAGCAAGCACUUCCCCAGCCUGCUGCUUUUCUUUUGAAUCAGUAACAGAAUUACCGACGCUGGGAGGGGAGGAGGCAGGUAAAGAUUGUGGAGGUGGGGAAGGAAAAAGAAAGAAAAAGAAGAGGCUAUAUUCACGAGCCGUGUUUAAUCAGAUGCUUGAUCCACACACCUCACUAAUGAGCAAAUACAACUCCCAGACCUUGUACAUGAGCAUACCUGUGUUUCUGAACAGCACAUUUUGCACUUGCGCAGGAUUUCACAUAUAUCACAGAUCGUCCCCCAUGGGACACCUGUGCACACAACAGUCCUCAAAGUCUCUCAGGGACAUCCUCGUCGGUAUCCAAGCCUGAGUACAGGGCACACGACUUGGUCUUUAAAACACACACACCCAAUUCGUGGGGUUGCAAGGCGAAUUCCGAGGAGAAAACUGGUCCCUACAUCCACCCGCAGCACAGAGAAGCCAAGUGUCCAUGCAAGCAGUACUCCUGGGUGCCUCUUCCUAGCGAUCCUUUCCCGAGUCCCAAUCCGGCCCAGAGAGCUUGAGGGACAAAGCAGGCCGAAGCUUCUGCUUUCCGUGACACGAGCUCUGGGCUGGUUUACCUCCAGCUGCCGCAAAGUUCUGCCACUCCACCCCGGUCCGGCCCCCUCGCCAUCUCGCCCCUCCCUAAGCCUCAAGCUAGAAGUCUAGCCGCAGCACAGCCCCAAGCAGAAGCAAAGGAGUCGUUUUCUGUCACCUGAAAGCUGCCAGGAGGCUUGGAUGACCCUUCCUCGCUGGAGACUGCUCCGGGGACACUGGCUGGGUGCAGCUAGCCCCCAUGCCGGCCUUCUGCGAAGUAAGCACCCGCAGAUUCCAAGGACUCGUGAGAACGUGAGCCCGGGGCUGUCGGCGGGCCCCCUAGACUCCCGAGGCCGGCCAGGCGGGUCCAAGCUGUGCCGGCCGUUUAAAAAAAGAGACUUAGAGAUGAACUCGCCCGUGCGCUGCUGGCUGCCCCGCUAUAGGGGCGAAGGCCCCUGACGCAAGCGGAACUCGGCGGAGCCCAUACGAAUCAGAACGGAGCAAGGCUCCUGGCGCACUAGGGACUCCAGGAGGCAGCUGCGCCAGAGACGCGGGUCGCGCCUCGGGAAACCGGGCGGUGGGGGGAGGGGAAAGCUCAACCAAGAAAACCCACCGAGGCGGGGACUGGCCUGGGCGGGGAGGGGCGGCGGGGCCGGAGCCCCUCGCUGUUGGGCAGACUCCCGAUGGCCAGAGGCUGACUUCCACUCCCGCCGACCGCUCCCCGGGGGGAAAGAGAAGAGAGCGAGAGCGGCGCGAGGCCUCCGGCCCCCGCAGCCUGCAGAAGUUGGAGGCUCGGCAGCAAGCGCACGCUCCUGCGUCCGCCUGCAAGGCGAGCCUGUGCCCGGAGAGCACAGCCCCGGGGCGGCCGGGCCAAGGAGCUCCGAGCUUUAUUUUAUUUUAUUUUAUUUUAUUUUGUCAUGAUGGCCAGCUACCCCGAGCCGGAGGACUCCGCGGGGGCCCUGCUGACCCCGGAGAGCGGGCGGGCAGUCAAAGAGCCCGAGGCGCCUCCGGCGAGUCCCGGCAAGGGCGGCGGGACAGCACCCGAGAAGCCGGACCCCGCGCAGAAGCCCCCAUACUCGUACGUGGCGCUCAUCGCCAUGGCGAUCCGCGAGAGCGCCGAGAAGAGGCUCACCCUGUCGGGCAUCUACCAGUACAUCAUCGCCAAGUUCCCGUUCUACGAGAAGAACAAGAAGGGUUGGCAGAAUAGCAUCCGCCACAACCUCAGCCUCAACGAGUGCUUCAUCAAGGUGCCGCGCGAGGGCGGCGGCGAGCGCAAGGGCAACUACUGGACGCUCGACCCGGCCUGCGAGGACAUGUUCGAGAAGGGCAACUACCGGCGCCGGCGCCGCAUGAAGCGGCCCUUCCGGCCGCCGCCCGCUCACUUCCAGCCGGGCAAGGGGCUCUUCGGGUCCGGAGGAGCGGCGGGUGGCUGCGGCGUGGCGGGCGCGGGGGCCGACGGCUACGGCUACCUGGCGCCGCCCAAGUACCUGCAGUCGGGUUUCCUCAACAACUCCUGGCCCCUGCCGCAGCCGCCCUCGCCCAUGCCCUACGCCUCCUGCCAGAUGGCGGCGGCCGCAGCAGCAGCUGCGGCGGCCGCGGCAGCCGCCGGUCCGGAGCCCGGUGCAGCCGCGGUGGUCAAGGGGCUGGCGGGCCCCGCCGCCUCCUACGGGCCGUACUCGCGCGUGCAGAGCAUGGCGCUGCCGCCGGGCGUCGUGAACUCCUACAACGGCCUGGGAGGCCCUCCCGCCGCGCCCCCGCCGCCGCCGCCGCCGCACCCCCACCCGCACCCUCACGCACAUCAUCUGCACGCGGCCGCCGCACCCCCGCCAGCUCCGCCACACCACGGGGCUGCCGCGCCGCCCCCGGGUCAGCUCAGCCCAGCCAGCCCGGCCACCGCCGCGCCCCCGGCACCCGCGCCCACGAGCGCGCCCGGCCUGCAGUUCGCCUGCGCCCGGCAACCCGAGCUCGCCAUGAUGCAUUGCUCUUACUGGGACCACGACAGCAAGACGGGCGCGCUGCACUCGCGCCUGGAUCUCUGAGAGCCACCGUGUGCGGGCGCGGCCCCCGGGGUGCAGGAGCGGAGCUCGGGUCGCAGCCGCAGGGUCGCAGCCUCAGCAGCCGGCCGGGACAGCGCACGCUCUGGGACAGCCUCUUGAGCCAGAGCCCUCGAGCCUUCUGCGCCCCCUCGUUCGGCCCGGCUCCUGCGGCUCCGCUUUGUCGCCUCCGCUGCUCCUCCGGUGCUCUUCCCCACCGCGGCCUCUGCCUUCGCGCGCUCCGGGCCCGAGGCCGCCCCCUCCGCGCUUUCCGCAGGCCUCCUCUCCUCCGGGCGUCCCAGAGUCACCGCAGGGAGUGUGUCCCCGGCCGAGGUGCAGCCGAAGUGUCGGCGGCGCUGACUUCUUGGCCUUCUCUUGCAGGUCGGUGGACUCACGCUUGACUUUCUCCCCCCACACCCUGACUGCCGAGCUGUCUGCGCUAGAAGCGCUGGGCUGCUGGGGUCGCGGGACCCACGCUGCCGGAGGAAGGGGAGAACAUGUCUGGUCGCUCCGCGAUCCCGCCUGGAACUGAUCAGAAGCCGCUCGCAAAAGGGGCCCACUGGGCGGGGCGGGGGUUGAGCCCCAGGCUGGAGCAGGGACAGCCUCGUUCCGCGGCCUGUAAUCGGGUUCACAUCCCCGCGCCUAGCGAGGCCGCCGUGCCUCCGCUCUUCAGCGCACGGCUUCGAGCACCUCCAGGCCAGGGUGGCUGGCUAACGUCUUGCUAAAAAGAUCGGUGAGGUUUUUAAAGAUAUUAAAAAAUACUUUUCAAGGGGAAAAAAAAAGGAGAGAGAGAAAAAACUUUCAUAGGGAAAAAAGGUGAAGUGUUAUGGCCUUCGAGUUUGCUAAAACCAAACAACAAAAUCAAAAGCUUUACUUUCUUCAUCGUCCCUGCUGGGAGAUUUGUGUAGAAUUCCCGUAGUGAUUUCAGAAAGCUGUGUUCAGAGCCGAGAGAAAAUAACUAGCUAAAAGAAGGUUUUCACUACAAACCGGGAGUUUUCCUCUCUAUUUUAAAAAAUAAAUUCAAAACAAAUUUUCCCGGAUCUUCCGAUUCUAGCCCGGGAUGCCAGGAGAUCACUGCCUGGCUGGGCCACACUUCGGGGAUGACACUCUCCUCCCUGAUUUUUGUUUUUCAAAUGUCUUGCUUCUUCCACCUUCGGAAAGAGAAAUGUGAAACCGGCCAAGGCCGGACCACACGGGGUUGUGGCCCCAGCCGGCUGGCCCGAAAUUUCCGCGACCUGGUGGUUGAAUAAUGUCGUUCGGGGACCAAAUUUUCUAGAGGGAACUAGAGCACUUUUGUUGUAUUUGUAUGUGUGUGCGCGCGUCCCUUGUCAAUUCCCAAAUAAAUUCUUUGUUUUUUCUUUUAA